AAAAUAGAAAACACAAAUCUCGCUCCUUUUGUUUGAAGAGCCUUCGCGCGAAAGAAAGUAAGAAAGAAAGAAAGAAAGAAAGGUUGAAGAGGAACACGGCGGUGAAAGAAGAAGAAGAAGAAGAUGGGUAUACCAGCUUUCUAUCGAUGGAUGGCGGAGAAAUAUCCUACUGUGGUUGUCGACUCCGUUGAGGAGGAAUCGGUGGUUGUCGACGGCGUUCAUAUCCCCGUCGAUACAUCUAAGAAAAACCCUAACAAUGAAUACGAUAAUCUUUACCUCGAUAUGAAUGGCGUAAUUCACCCUUGUUUCCAUCCUGAGGAUAGGCCCUCACCUACCUCUUUCGAUGAAGUGUUUCAGUCGAUAUUUACUUACAUCGACAGACUUUUUGUCAUCGUGCGCCCCAGAAAGUUACUAUUCAUGGCUAUAGAUGGUGUUGCUCCAAGGGCCAAGAUGAACCAACAACGCUCUAGGCGCUUUAGGGCUGCUAAAGACGCAACUGACGCCGCUGCUGAAGAAUCAAGGUUAAGGGAUGAAUUUGAGAGGGAGGGCAGAAAGCUUCCCCCUAAACAAGACUCACAGACUUUUGAUUCAAAUGUAAUCACACCUGGAACUGAAUUCAUGGCUGUUUUGUCAAUUGCACUUCAGUACUAUAUUCAUCUUAGGUUGAACAGUGAUCCUGGUUGGAAGAAUAUCAAGGUUAUUCUUUCUGAUGCCAAUGUUCCCGGCGAAGGGGAGCAUAAGAUCAUGUCCUUCAUUCGCCUUCAAAGAAAUCUUGAAGGAUAUGAUCCCAACACACGCCAUUGCAUGUAUGGUUUGGAUGCUGAUUUGAUUAUGUUGGCUCUGGCUACCCAUGAAAUCCAUUUUUCAAUCCUUAGAGAGCUUGUAUUUACUCCCGGACAAGACAAAUGUUUUCUGUGCGGUCAGAUGGGUCAUAUGGCUGCAGACUGUCAAGGAAAGCCAAAAAGGAAGGCAAGGGAAGGAGAUGCUCCUGUUGCUAAAUUGCCCUUCCAGUUUCUGAACAUUUGGACUCUGAGGGAAUAUCUAGAAUAUGAAAUGAGGAUACCUAAUCCUCCUUUUAAGAUUGACUUUGAACGCGUACUUGAUGAUGUUGUCUUUAUAUGUUUUUUUGUUGGGAAUGAUUUCCUACCACAUAUGCCUACACUAGAGAUUCGCGAGGGUGCAAUUAACUCGCUGAUGACAGUAUACAAGGACGAAUUUAGUAAAUUGGGCGGUUAUUUGACAAAUGGCAGUAAGCCAAACCUAAGCCGGGUGGAACAUUUUAUUCAGGCUGUUGGAUCACAUGAAAAUAAAAUAUUCCAAAAAAGAGCUAAAUUUCAUCAGCGGCAAAUGGAAAAUAUAAAGCGUCGGAAGAGACAAGCAACUGGAGAUGAUAUUGGGAAGCUCCUUGAGAAGCCCCGUAAAGUUUCUAAGUUAUCUUCAGGAGAAAAUGUUGCUGCUCCUAUUGUUAUAGAUGUUCAAGAUAACGAAGACGGAUUGAAAACAAAACUUAAGCGGAUACUUCUUGACAAAUCUGAUGUAUUCAACUCUAAAGGUGCUCAUGAAGACAAGAUUAAGUUAGGAGAACCAGGCUGGAAAGAGAGGUAUUAUGAAGAAAACUUUUCUGCUAAAACUCCUGAAGAACUUGAUGCUAUACGGAAAGAUGUUGUCUUGAAAUACGUUGAAGGUCUAUGUUGGGUGAUGCAUUAUUAUUAUGAAGGUGUUUGUUCUUGGCAAUGGUAUUAUCCUUACCAUUAUGCCCCUUUUGCGUCUGAUCUCAAGGGUCUUGGUGAGCUUAAUAUUAAUUUUGAGUUGGGUACUCCGUUCAAACCAUUUGACCAGCUUAUUGGAGUUUUUCCUGCUGCAAGCUCUCAUGCUCUGCCUGAGCCGUAUAGGAAACUUAUGACUGAUCCAAACUCUCCAAUUAUUGAUUUUUAUCCAAUCGAUUUUGAAGUGGACAUGAAUGGAAAACGCUAUACUUGGCAGGGUAUUGCGAAGUUGCCUUUUAUUGACGAAGCGCGACUUCUUGCAGAAGUUCAGAAAAUAGAAAACUUGUUAACCCCGGAGGAAAAGCGACGAAAUACAAUAAUGUUCAACAUGCUGUUUGUGAAUUCAUGCCAUCCUCUAUCUGGGUGCAUUAGUAACCUCGACAACAAAUGUAGAAACAUGUCUAACUGUAAACGUGCUGAUGUCAAGGAAAGAAUCAAUCCCAUAGAAAGUGGUGGAAUGAAUGGUUACAUAUCCUCCUGCAAUGGAGAACCUUGCUCUCGCAUCUUCAGGUCACCUGUUGCAGGCAUGGAAGACAUCAUGGAUAAUCAUGUCAUAUGUGCAAUAUAUGGACUUCCCAAUGCGCAUGGACAUAUAACCCGACCGCCACAUGGAGUUAAAUUUCCAAAAAGGACUUUGGCAAUUGAGGAUUUAAAACCUGACUCUGUUAUGUGGCAUGAAGAUUCGGGUAGUAGAUAUGGAGUAAAUCAAAGGAUAAACCCUCGGGGAUCUUAUUCUUGUAGGAGAUAUGAAGAAAGUCGAAGGGAAAACCUCGCAAGAUCUUGUUCUGGUCGGGAGCUUAGAGAGGCAUCACACAGACUCAUUGUAAAUUCUUUGCAGAUCAAGACAGAUGCAAAUAAAUACCAUCAUCCCAUGAAUGGAUCAACAAUGUCAUAUGCUACACCGAUAGGUCAUAGACAACCAUGGCUUCACAAUAACUAUGAAUCACGCCCAGGGUAUGCUGCACCUUCAUCUGCUACUCCUCCGCAGUUUGUAGGUUACAUUGUUGUCCCCACUGCGCAAUAUGGUUAUAACCCUAGGUCACAUUCUUAUGGAAGAAUUAGCCAUCAUUUUAAUGGGGGGAAAUGCAAUAAUUCUAAGUUCAUAACCCAGGUGGCUACAGGGAAUGCUAAGAGAUGACAUGGAAUAAUUAUUUCAAACUAUUAUACUAUUGUAUAAAAAUUUAGGAAUGCUAAAAAAAAAAAAAGUAUAAAAAUUUAGGAAAUAGAUUUAAGUUUACAGGAGCAAGAAUAGAAAACUAUUGUAAUGUAAUAUAUUCUUGUGCUCUUUUAUUUGUAAUGUUAUAUAUUCUUGUGGUCUUUUAUGUAUGUAAACUGUUUGAUCAAUAGUUUUUUCCUAUUAAAUGUAAUGUAAUCAUUACUUUGUUUGUAUUA